AUGACGACCUCGCACCUCCCCUCGAAAGCCACAAAGUCCUCCUCCAUUAGCAAAGCGCGCGCGCUCCUCCGGGGCGUCGGCGUCGCGCGCGAAGACAGCGACGACGAGCUCGGCGACGAAGACCUGCCAUGGGAGUGGAUCUACAGUGCGGAGCCAGACACAUUCGACCAGGUCGGGCACUCGGAGAUCAAUGGGAAGAAGCGCGAGAUUAUUGGCGCGCGGACAGGUGACUUUGACGUGCGGAUUGGCGACUGCGUGUUCAUCAAGGGCGACGGACUGCAGGGUGAGGCGUAUGUCGGCAUGGCAUGCGAGUUUGAGGACUCGGAUCAGGGCACGGAGGACGACAUGUCUGUCAAUGUGAUGUGGUUCUCGACGGAGUUCGAGAUCAAGAACAAAGAGAAGAAGCGGAUGGACUUCUUGCCUAACGAGCUCUAUAUAAACCCUUCCUACAACCUGUGCCCACUGCGCUCGAUCAAUGGCCGCGCAAAGAUCCUUUCUCCAAAAGUCUUCAACGAUCAAUACCCCAACGGCGUUCCCAAAAAGUCCCGUGACUACGGGAAAGUCUUUGUCUGCCGUCGCGGUUGCAACCCCCGAACAGCAAACUACACCCCCGAGCUUGAUUGGGACACUAUCUACAAAGGGCGCGAUACAGAUAUCUUUGCAAUUGGCGAGCUGGUACGGCAGGGCACCAAAGCUACACGGAAGAAAGCGCAGAAGCAUGCCGCUACAGAGAAUAGGGAAAACCGGGUACGGCCAAAGAGAAGACGGAGAGAGACCUCCGUGGACUCAGAUGAUAGUGGAGACCGGGAUUUUAUUAGAGAGGGAACGGUAGAGACAAUACCGGAGGAGGACGAAGAUGCAGAGGACGAUUUCGACGUUAAUGAUAAUAACUUCAGCCGGAAAACCAAAGCCCCCCGAACGCCGAGUAAGAGGCGCACGAAUUUCACUUUCAGCACACCAACGCAGAAGAAUCUCCUCACACCUACUCGAAAGAACCUACUUACCACACCCACUCGCCGCACCCCCACCUCCGCGCGCAAGUUCACCACCCCAACAAACCGCAAAAUCACCAUCAAGAAGCCGCUCCUUUUCACGCCCCUAAACACCCGUACUCUCCCUAAUUUAUCCUCACCCUACGCCGCUGCUCGACACCAUCUACAUGUCUCAACUCUGCCCGCAUCCCUCCCCUGCCGUGAAGCCGAGUUCAACGAAGUCUAUACGCAGCUCUCCGCCGCAAUCACCGAAGGCACUGGAUCCUGUAUUUACAUCUCCGGCACCCCCGGAACAGGCAAAACUGCUACUGUCCGCGAAGUAAUAACGCAACUCCGGCACCUAGUCGCCUUGGAAGAGCUCGAUGACUUCACAUUCGUCGAGAUCAACGGCAUGAAAGUCGCCGACCCCCAUCAGUCCUACUCCCUCCUGUGGGAAGCCAUCAAAGGAGACCGAGUAUCCCCGUCGCAAGCCCUCGGGCUCCUUGAGUCUGAAUUCAGCACGCCGAGCCCGCGCCGAGUGCCCUGUGUCGUGCUUAUGGACGAGCUCGACCAGCUUGUCACGAAGGGGCAAGGCGUCAUGUACAACUUUUUCAAUUGGCCGGGUGGGAAGUACUCACGACUCAUUGUGUUAGCUGUAGCAAACACCAUGGAUCUGCCUGAGCGCACGCUCAGCAAUAAGAUCAGCUCACGCUUGGGGCUGACAAGAAUCACGUUUCCCGGGUACACCUAUGACCAGCUGAUGACAAUCAUCAAGAGUAGGCUCGAGAGUGUCCAGGGCGAUAUCGUAGACGCAGACGCGGUCCAGUUCGCCUCACGUAAGGUAGCGGCCGUGUCCGGUGAUGCCAGAAGAGCGCUGGAUAUAUGCCGGCGCGCUGUAGAGAUGGUAGAGUAUGCACCUGUUAUUAGUAGUGAGAACGAGAAGGGUCGGCGGCUGAGCGGGAAGGUCGCCAUGAUGAGGGAAGAUGAUGAUGACGGCUCUGGUGGCGGUGGGAUCAAAGCCGGCGGAAGAGUGACAAUUGCCACCAUCAGACAGGCAAUCUUGGAAGCUACCAGUUCGCCGGUGCAGGUGUUCCUGAAGACAUGUUCGCUGUCGUCGAAGGUCUUUUUGGUGGCCCUGCUAGUGAGGUGUAGGAGAAGCGGAGUGGGCGAGAGCGUACUCCGCGAUGUCAUGGAUGAGGCGGCCAGGAUUGUCAAGAUCCAGGAAAUUGGAGUUGAGGAGCUUGGUGGUGAGGCUCGUGUUGGCGGCAUUGAAAGUGCCGUGAAGGGUCUUGUGGAGGCCGGAGUUGUCGGCCUGGAGAAGAAAGGAAGCGGUGGAGGCCGCGUAAGGUUUUUGAUCAAUGAGGAGGAGAUCAAGAUCGCCCUGAAAGACGAUAAAGCGAUCGGGGCAGUUGUAGGAAGAGCGGGAUAG